AUAGUAUAAAAGAAAACAACAACAACAACAAAAACAAUACAUUUAGCAUGUAGUCGGACUCAGUUUUUCGUGUCAAAAGAGUGCUGCAAAUACACAAUUCCCACCAUAUCUUUAGCAAAAUUUCUUAUGUCUUCAUGUCCCUUUUUCUAAAUAUUUCAAUAUCUUCUCUAAUGGAAAUUACAAAACAAUAAGGCCCCAUAUUAUUCGGGCUUAGAUACAGUACAACAAAUCCGAGAAAAUCUUAAAUUUCAUAAACAAAACCCUUCCAUCAGGACCAAAAUAUUCACCAUAAUUCAUCCAUGUUUUUUCAUAAACUGUAGUAUAAAUUAUUUUGUGUAUUUAUAGAAACUUUACCCAAAAUACUAUUUGAUCGUACAACAUUCAACUCACCGAAAGUAACGCCCAACCAAAGCAGUUGACUCAUUGGUUUCUACUACGACUCCACGUUUCUUCCUGAUCAUUCUAUACACCUAAAAGUACCCCCAGAUUUGACUUUAUUUACCAUUUUGCCUUUCCUUCACCACCCUCCUUUAUCAUCUUCCUUCACCUCUCUCUUUACCCUUUUCCGUACAACACAACAAUGGCGAGAGGCUCUUCCCAGUCCCAACAAUCAACCUCCACCGCUUCAUCAACCGCCAGGCCCGGUCUGGCCGCUCCCCGUGGAUCCGCCGCCGCUACGGCCGGCAUGCGUCGUCGCAGGCUCGGUGGCGGUGGAGGCGCGUCAUCAGGGGGCGGAUCCGUCGCUGGAUCAGGAUCGAGCAACAUGCUGAGAUUCUACACAGAUGAAGCUCCUGGUUUGAAGAUUUCACCUACCGUCGUCCUCAUCAUGAGUCUCUGCUUCAUCGGCUUUGUCACCGCUCUUCACGUCUUCGGAAAACUCUACCUCCACAAGUCCGGAUCCAAAGCUUAGAUCCGGAUCCGGAUCUCUUCUUCCGUAUGUUGAAUCAGUGGUCGCUUCUUGUUUCUUUUUUUGGUUUCUUGUUUCUUGAAUCUUGAUGAUCCGUGUAAAACCGCUUAACUUUGAAUAAAACAUGUUUACUUA